AUGGCCGACCGUGUCGUCGUCCUCCUCCUCGCUACUACUAUGGUGGCCAUGGACGUCGCCUCCACCCCGCGCCAGACUUUGAAUGUACGCAUCCACCACCGUAUCCGGCACACCUCCACGCUUGUGCUGCCGCCCGGACUGCACAUCUCGGUCCACUUCGAGCAGCCGCGCAAAGCGAGCACGCGCACGCGACUGUUCUUGGGCACGGACGCGCUCGCCCUCUUGCGUCUCCGGCUGCGUUCGUGGCGGCGUUACAAUGGCCAGGUCGCCCAUAUAGAGCGCCACCAUGCCGCGCAGCCGCAGCAUUUCUGGACUUGUGGCAUACGGCGGGCCGGCCAUGACGGCAUCCAUGCGGCGGGCCAGGUCGUGGAGCUGCUCGAGCGCGGCAUGCCGGAUGUCUUCGCGUGCCAGCCGGUCGGGAUGGUUGCGCCGACGGCGACGCCUGUGGCCAUCGCUGUCGUUGCUGUUUGCGUCUGGACUGUCGCUGUCCUGGUUGGCGUCCGCGUCCGAGUUCGACCGGCUGCCAUCCUCGCCGUCGCCGUGCGCCGCCCUUUCUCUCGUCUCUCUCUUCUUCCGUCUCUGCUUCGCCUUGGCAUCCAGGCGCUCAUUCGCCAGCUGCACCUCUGUGUGGAUGUUGUACAGCUCGGUGCCGGCCAGUGCCGGCCAAAACGUCAGCGCGUUCACGGACCGUGGAAACAGCCGGUUGUAAGGGUGCUGCUGGAUCAGGUCCUCGUAGAAAGCACGAACAGGCGGCAUAUUGGCCGCCGAGCCCCAGCGACGGGGACGUCCCUUGUCGCCUUCGUCUUCGCCCUCCCGCAUGAGAAGCUCGGCGCCCAUGGCCCACAUGUCGUUCUUGCGCAGAUCCACGCGCCGGCCCUUGACGUCGGUGCGCAAAAGCAGCCCAAAUGCGCGCUUGGCCCGAGCCAGCCCAAUCGGCGCCGCCAGUUGGCCUGCUUCGCCCGUGGCCGUCGACACGCCCGGCAGCGUGCCGUGCGCGGCCUCCUGCAGUCCCCGCUGCACGAUUGUCGCCAGCACGCCGACGUUGUGGUCGUAGGCACGCUGCAUGCGGAGUGCAUUGCGGCGGCGGCGGGCCUCACGACGACGGAGCCGGCGCUGCUUGACGGCAAGGCGUGCUGCGUUUUCAGCUGGAUCGCCGCCUCCGCCGCCGCCGCCGCCACCACCACCGUCGUCGUCGUCCUCUGUCGUGUCGUACAGGCCCGCAUCGGAAUGGAUGGAGCCAUUUUCGUUUUCAGUAUCAUUGUCCGAGUCUGUGUCAAUGUCGUCCUCGUCGUCGCUGCCGUCGCCUUCGAACCCGAAUCCAGAUCCAAACCCAUGCUUGUCUUUGUCCGCCUUGGCAUCGUCCACUGCGUCGCCACCGACACCAUCCGGCAGCGGCCGGUGGGGGAAACCUUCGACAUAGUCGGACGGCAGACGAUCUGA